AAGAAUGGCAGGCCAAAAAUCAUACCUUUGGUUCCUUUUCUUACUCAGCCUCGCCUGGAGCUCAGCUUCUCAGGAUGAUCAAAAGUCAUACGUUGUUUAUAUGGGUCGCCGGCCUGAUACGGAUCAAGUCUCCAUUUCAUCUCUCCACUUGAGCAUGCUACAUGAAGCCACUGGCAGAAAUUUCUCUUCUGAAAGUGUACUGAUCUUCAAAAGGACGUUCCUUGGGUUUGUUGCAAAGCUAUCUGAAUAUGAAGCGCAAAAGAUUGCAGGAAUGAAAGGUGUAGUAUCUGUGUUUCUUAAUGAAAAGAAGAAGCUUCAUACAACAAGAUCAUGGGACUUCAUGGGAUUUUCCGAGGAGGUUAAAAGAACGAAUCUUGAAAGCGAGAUCAUUGUUGGAAUGAUUGACACUGGAAUUUGGCCAGUGUCUCCCAGCUUUAAUGACGAAGGAUUUGGUCCGCCACCUUCCAAAUGGCAGGGCUCUUGCGAUGUCUCAUUCAAUUUCUCUUGCAACAACAAAAUCAUCGGAGCAAAAUUUUACAAAAGCGAUGGCUUAUUUGGUGCACAUGAUCUCAAAUCUCCAAUAGAUUCACAAGGCCAUGGAACACAUACAGCUUCAACUGUGGCUGGGGGAUUAGUUAACAAGGCAAGCCUGUAUGACCUUGCCAUAGGAACAGCCCGCGGCGGAGUUCCAUCGGCUAGGAUUGCUGUGUACAAAGUUUGUUGGUCAGACGGCUGCGCAGAUGCUGAUAUUCUUGCAGCAUUUGAUGAUGCAAUUGCUGAUGGAGUUGAUAUCAUAUCUAGUUCUAUUGGGGGAUCUAUUCCUUUAGACUAUUUUAAGGAUUCUAUUGCAAUUGGAGCUUUUCAUGCUAUGAGAAAUGGGAUUUUGACUUCAAACUCCGCAGGAAAUGAUGGACCUGAUGUUAAAACUAUCACAAAUUUUUCACCAUGGUCUCUUUCUGUUGCAGCCAGCACAAUCGACAGAAAGUUCUUCACCAAGGUUCAGCUACAAAAUAACAGAACUUAUGAGGGUAUUUCCAUAAACACAUUUGAUCUUAAUAAUGCCAUGUUUCCUAUAAUCUAUGGAGGAGAUGCUCCAAACAUCACUGGAAAUUUUACAAGUUCCAAGUCCAGGUUCUGCUCUACAAACUCAUUGGACCCAAGUUUAGUGAAGGGCAAAAUAGUUGUUUGCGAUAGAUCAGUUUCAGGGAGAGCUCCAUUCAUGGCUGGUGCAGCUGGCGUUGUAAUGCAAGACCCAGGCCCUAAAGAUGUUGCUUUCUCUUUUCCAUUGCCUGCUUCUUACCUUGGCAGUGACGACGGUCGCAGCAUUCUCUCCUACAUAAACUCAACACGACAUGCAGCUGCCGCCAUAUAUAAAAGUAAUACAGCAAAUGAUCCCUUGGCUCCUUAUGUGGCUUCAUUUUCAUCAAGAGGUCCAAAUCCAAUUACUCUUGAUAUUCUAAAGCCUGAUAUAUCUGCCCCAGGAGUUGAUAUUCUUGCUGCUUGGUCAUUACUCUCUUCAGUUACUGAAAUUCAAGGAGAUAAAAGAAGAGUACCUUAUAAUAUAAUCUCAGGAACUUCAAUGGCUUGCCCACAUGCAACUGCGUCUGCUGCCUAUGUCAAAUCCUUUCACCCAACAUGGUCUCCUGCUGCCAUCAAAUCUGCUCUCAUGACUACCGCUUUUCCAAUGAAUUCUGAAAUCAACCCUGAAGCUGAAUUUGCAUAUGGAGCUGGACAUAUAAAUCCUUCUAAGGCUAUUGAUCCUGGAUUAAUCUACGACGCUGAGCCAACCGAUUAUGUGAAGUUCUUGUGUGGACAAGGGUACGAUACUAGUCUUCUGCAAAGGGUUACCGGCGACAACAGCAGCUGCUCUACAGCAACCAAUGGAACAGUUUGGGAUCUGAACUAUCCUUCGUUUGCACUUGCUGCUUCACCUUCAGAGAUUAUUAGCCGAGUCUACAAUAGGAUUGUCACAAAUGUUGGGUCACCAACUUCGACAUACAAAGCUACUGUGAUUUCGCCUCAAGGACUUCAAAUCAGAGUGAAACCUAGCACACUCUCAUUUACGUCUGUUCAUGAGAAGCAGGCCUUUGCUCUUAUAAUUGAAGGGAGCUUAGAUGAUUCCAUGGUCUCUGCUUCUUUGAUUUGGGAUGAUGGAGUUCAUCAAGUGAGGAGCCCAAUUACUGUUUUUGUAGUGAAAUAAUAAAAAUUAUGGAACAUAUCAUCACCAUAUCAAAAGCAUUCCUGUAAAAAUAAAGAACCAUCACAUGUGUGCUUUUCUUUUAUUGG